GUACUUGAGCGAACGACGAAGUGUAUUGAAGCGACAGGACAAAAUAGAGGUGUGCCACCGUCUUCGCGGCAAAUUUUAAAUGUGACAUUAUACAUCGCCAAUCGAUCUCCACGUUCGGAUCCAUAAAAUGACAGCGAAGCUACAUCGCAUGCACACAUCGAUUACGAACGGGAGUCGAGCAACACGCAACCAAAUCUAGAAUAUUUAAAAAUAAACGAAUUCGACGAUCGCAGUUUGAAACCAUCAUGGGUGGACUCUUCGGGUUAGUGAUAACGUCUUGUCUAACAAUAGAACUUCUGGCGUCUCAAAAUACAGAACCAGCAUACAAGUUGGAUCCUAACGCUUGGUGGGGACCGGAAUGCACGAAAUACCACAAUGAUACCAGCAUACGACCCUUUGAAAUUGUUUUCCAUGAUAAGAUGAUAGCGGACCUCAGAUAUCGACUUAAUAAUCAUCGCAAACCCGUGCCACCGUUAGAAGGGAUCGGAUUUGAGUACGGCUUUAACUCUAAUAUCUUAGAUGGCUGGCUUCGAUUUUGGGCAGAAGAGUAUCCCUUUAAGGAAAGGGAAAUAUUCUUGAACAAAUAUCCCCAAUAUGUGACCAACAUACAGGGAUUGGACAUACAUUUUAUUAAGUACAGACAGAAGGCUUAUGCCCAUCAAGAAAUAGUUCCGUUAUUGAUUCUUCACGGCUGGCCAGGAUCUGUGAGGGAAUUCUACGAAACAAUACCACACUUGACAAGUGUAAAUAAAAGCAGAGAUUUUGCUGUCGAAGUAAUAGCUCCUACUCUACCAGGGUUUGGAUAUUCAGACGCUGCGGUCAGACCAGGGCUAGGUAUGCACGAAAUCGCUGUAGUCUUCAGUAACUUAAUGAAAAGGCUUGGCUAUAAGAAAUACUAUGUUCAAGGAGGCGACUGGGGUGCUUUUAUUGGUUCCUCAAUAGCAACUUCAUUUCCCAAUGAAGUCCUUGGCUAUCAUACCAACUUAGGGUUAUCGCUUACACAGAAAGCCUUGUCCUUAACCCUAUUUGGUUCUCUAUUUCCAUCGCCAGUAGUCGAUCCAGCAUUGGCUGAUCGAACGGAUCUAUUGUCAGGGCACAUAAGGGAUGCAAUGAUCACGGAGUUUGGAUACAUGCACAUACAAGCCACUAAGCCUGAUACUCUAGGAAUAGCAAUGACAGACUCACCAGGAGGUCUACUAGCAUACUUCCUCCAAUUAAUCUCAACUGGGACUCGAAGUUAUUUCUUGAACCUCGAAGACGGAGGCAUAGAUAAAUACUACACUCGAGAUCAGUUGUUGGAUAAUAUCAUGAUGUAUUGGGCGCCGAAAAGUAUAACCACCUCAUUUAGGAUCUAUGCUGAAUCUCUUAACCGGAGAACGCUGGCGUUGGGAAUUUCUGAAAUACCUACUCCAGUUCCAACAAUCACGAUUCACGCCAGCGAUGAAAUUGCCUACCAAUCGCCUUUGCUUCUCAGAACUAAGUUCACUAACUUAUUGUAUACUACAAACAUAGAUACCGGUGGUCAUUUUUUGGCCUUAGAAAUGCCGAUACUCUUUGCUAAUGAUGUUUUAAAUGCCAUCGCCGAAUUUAGGAACUGGCACGCAAAAGGAGGUCACGGUAAUGGAGAAUUACUUCCCAACAAUAAUGGAUAAUUAAGACCUCUUAAAAUUUAAUCCUCUCUAUUCCAUUAACGAAUGUUUCAUAAUAUAUUUUGGCACUUUAGAUUUUACUAAAAGUCUUAAAUCACUGGCUUCCUUAAUGUACCGCUAAAAGGUAUUUUGUGGCAUUUGAUACUUAUCUACGUAAUACGGUAAAAUGUUCAGCAACCACGUCAUAUCUGAUCCUCCCGAUCCACUAACGGUGCUUCUAGGUACCUCAAGCACCGGUCAUCGCUCUCGUCGAAUCCGUCGCUUGCGACGAAGGGCUCGACGAGUAAAUUAACUCUCAGACACAGCCCACUGAGUUUCUCGCCGGAUCUUCUCAGUGGGUCGCGUUUCCGAUCCGGUGGUAGAUUCUGCGAAGCACGGCUCGUGAUAGGGUUCAUGUUAGCAACGUCGUCAGGUUUGAGCCCCGUGAGCUCACCUACUAGUUAAGGUUACGCUGAUAUAGCCUCUCAAGGCUAUCAGCUUAGGUAGGAAAAAAAGAAAAAAAAAAUAAGCUCAGCAAACGGAACAAAUUUCAUAUCUCGUUUGAACCAAAAACACCGUGGAAACUAUUUAGAGGGCGCCCAGCGGACGAGUGCAGUCAAUUUCACGGCUUGCCAGGCUAAUCUCUGUGUUGAACUCAGCCGAAGGCGUUUUCGUACAGUUUCAAAACAUUGACAUAAGCAGUUUGAAUUUUUAGUACAGAAACAGUUAAGAUUUUUUGAUUCGACCCAGGUCUUAAUUUUGUUACUUGAAAAAGUCUCGGCAACUUCAUUUUCAUCUAUUAUCAUUAUCGUCGCAACACCUGCCAUUGAAACAAAGUUCGUCAGUACCAAAAUCAGCCUGUAACAUUUGUUUGCUGAGAAGAUUCUUGACAGCUAUUAGAGCCCUCCAACUUUGGAACAAACUCCCUUUCAAGGUAUUUCCUGAAUGACAUGUCCUUCUUCAAAAGAUUUCUGUUACAGAUUAAUUAGCUGCGCCAUUUCGUGGUAUAUGUUAGCUUUUAUAGCAAUAAAACCGACAGAACGUUCUAGUUUAAAAAUCGGUGGCGGUUAGACGCUACGAAAUUUAUGUGCUCCGGUAACACUAAAUGUAUCAUUAAGAGAAUUAAUAAAUAAUGUAAGCAAUGGAAAAUCAACAUCAUUACAAUAGAUUUACAGAAACAUGAUUAAGGACAUUUAAGAUGGAUCAUAGACUUCUCAAGUUGGUUUUUGAUUGCAAACUAAGGGUAUAAGGGUAUAGGGCAUAUACUCUGGGGAACGGAAGGGUAUAAGGGUAUAGGGCAUAUACUCUGGAGAACAGUCGCUGCUACCCAACCAAACCGUCACUUCAUGGUGAAUAUAAUAACUAAAGUAGUACUAUGGAUGAUUUACGUUUUUGGAAGUAAUUUACUGAACGUGCUAUUAUUUUACGUCCUAUUAUUAUACCAUCAGGUGGGCCGUAUGCUCGUCUGCCUACAAGGGCAAUUAAUAAAAAAAAUUAAUGUGUUCUAGUUUGAAGUAGACGUUUGCAAUGUUGCACAGUGAUUUAGUUUUUAGUAAGAUACACUAAUACUUUAUAUAUUUUUGAAUUAAGCUAUAUGAAUCAUUGUUAAAUUCAUGUAAUCUUUUCUGUUCUUAUUUAUAGUAACUAGUGGUCCCCCGGUAAUCGAAAUUCGACUAUAAUUAAUUGAAAUUAUAAGAUUGUACACUAAUAUGAUUCUAUUGUCAAAUACUAUUAUAGUUACUUCUAUAAUCACAGAUUUCGCCAAGACUACACUUCAGACAAAUGUUAAUAAAAAAUAAUAUUCAAUCUUUCUCAACUUAUUAAUAGACUUUAUCAAUAAACAAAAUCGUAUGGUAUAUGCGUGUGUGUGUCAAAUAUAAUAUAUGUUAUUAGUGUG